AGUAAAACAUACUAUUAUCAGCCAUGCCUAUGUCUUCCGCGCAGUCCUCCCCUGGUGAAGAGGUAGUUAUUUCAGGGCUUGCAGGCUGUUUUCCUGAAUCACAAAAUGUCUACCAGUUAAGGGAUAAUCUGUUUAACAAAGUGAACAUGGUGACACAGGAUAAUCGGCGCUGGAAUUUUGAACACCCUAAGCUCCCCAUGUGGGCAGGGAAGGUGCCGAAUGUUACAAAGUUUGAUGCAUCAUAUUUUGGCAUUAACUAUAAGCAGGCACACACCAUGGACCCUCUGGGCCGUUUGCUGCUCGAGAGGACGUAUGAGGCCAUCGUGGAUGCAGGACCGAGUUAUGCAGUGGAUUCAGCGUGUUCAUCCAGUACCUACGCAUUUGAGCAGGCAUAUAGAGCCAUUCUCAAUGGAUCUUGUGACUCUGCUAUUGUGGGUGGCUCCCAACUUUGUCUCCAUCCUUACAUAUCUCUUCAGUUUACGCAACUUGGUGUGUUAAGUCCUCAAGGCAUUUGCAAAGUCUUCGACAAUGAUGGUGAUGGCUAUGUGCGGAGUGAGGCUAUCUGUGUGGUGUUUCUGCAGAAGGCUCGGGAUGCAAAGCGUGUAUAUGCCACAGUGGUGCAUGCGAAGACCAACAGCGACGGCUUUAAGGAUCAGGGAAUCUCUUACCCCUCUGGAGAUAUUCAUAAAGUUUUACUGGAAUCGUGUUAUCAGGAGAGUGGUGCUGAUAUCAGUGCUCUAGAAUAUGUUGAAGCACACGGGACUGCAACCAGAGUUGGAGAUCCUGAAGAACUGAAAGGUAUAACCCUGGCAUUCUGUAAAGAUAGGAAGACCCCACUCCUUAUAGGAUCAGUCAAGUCCAACUUGGGGCAUUCAGAAGCUGCUUCAGGUCUUUGUGGUAUCUCCAAAGUGAUCAUUGCCAUGGAGACUGGCUUCAUCCCCCCAAAUUUGAACUACAACAACCCUCGAGAAGGUGUAGAGGCACUUGUGAAUGGGCAACUGAAGGUUGUGACUGAGAGGACUCCUUGGACAGGCAACCUUGCAGGUAUUAACUCAUUUGGACUUGGAGGCGCAAAUGCCCACGCUAUACUACAGCGGAAUCAGAAGAACAAAGUAAAUGGUGGGGCUCCCGCUGACCUCAUUCCUCGACUUGUUAUUGCGUCUGGGCGUACAGAGGAGGCAGUCAAUGUCAUCCUUAUGGAUUUUGAAAAACGGCCAGUUGAUGCAGAAUUUGUGCAUCUGAUGCACUGUGUACAGUCGACAGGAAUUAUUGGCCACAAAUACCGAGGGUACACGCUUCUCACACAGGAUGGUAGGAAUCUGCGGAGUAUUACAUUUUACCCAGGAAGCAAACGACCUGUCUGGUUCGUGUUCACUGGCAUAGGUUCGCAAUGGCCAGGUAUGGGGAAAUCCCUCCUCAAACUGCCUGUUUUUGCAGCUGCCAUUGAGAAGUGCCAGCGAACUCUGAAUAAUUAUGGUGUGGAUGUGAUCAACAUAAUCACAUCUGAUGAUCCCGGAAUCUACAAUAACAUCCUUAAUUGCUUUGUGGGCAUUACAGCCUGCCAGAUAGGGCUGGUGGACAUGAUGAGAGCAGUGGGCAUUGAGGCCGAUGGCAUUGUGGGCCACUCAGUGGGGGAGCUGGGCUGCGCUUAUAUGGACGGCUGUUUCACGGCUGAGCAGACGGUGCUGGCGGCAUACUACUGUGGCUGUGCAGUCCUAGAAACAGAUCCCAUCGAGGGCAUGAUGGCUACAGUUGGUCUGGGAGCUGAUCAGGCCAAGAAAUUGUGCCCACCUGACAUUGAGGUGGCGUGCCGCUAUGGACGUAACUUCUGUAUGUUGUCAGGACCGGCCAAGUCCAUGACGGAGUUUAUAAAGUCACUGCAACUUCAAGGCAUAUCCACUACACAGAUGAACUGUGCCAACAUCGCUCAACACAGCAAGCACAUGUCCUCAGCUGGGCCUCUCCUGUGCAAGUAUCUGAAGCAGCUGAUCCCGCACCCAAAACCCCGAUCUUCUCGCUGGGUGAGUUCUUCAGUGCCAGAGAGUGAAUGGAACUCUCCAUCAGCAACACACUCAUCAGCCGAGUACCACACCAACAACCUGCUUAGCUCUGUGCUUUUCGAAGAGGCGUCGCGACACGUCCCACGUAACGCCAUCGCCAUUGAGAUUGCUCCACACGGUCUCCUGCAGUCCAUCUUGAGAAGUUCCCUCAACAAAGGCAUCACCAACAUUGCCAUUACACAGCAAGGUCACCCUAACUGCACCGAGGUCCUCCUCACUGCUCUGGGAAGGUUGUAUGAACUAGGUUUGCAACCACAGUUGGUAAACUUGUAUCCACCAGUACAAUACCCAGUAAGCAGGGGAACUCCAAUGAUCUCCCCACUAGUCCGGUGGGACCACUCUGAGGACUGGUACGUCAUGUACUACACAACACAGCCCAAAGUGAACUCUGGUGAAAGAUCUGUAACUAUCAGCCUACAGGAUGAAUCAAGGGAAUAUUUAUCUGGACAUGUCGUUGAUGGCAGAAAUCUAUUUCCUGCAGCAGGCUACCUUGAACUUGUGUGGAAUUCAGUUGGUCUGAUGACUGGACAGGAUCACACCACUGUGCCUGUUGUGUUUGAGGAUGUGCGGUUCCAUAGGGCUACAAAUAUACCCAAGGAAGGAAGCAUUCAGUUUACUGUCAUGGUUCAGAAAGCAAGUGGGAAGUUUGAGGUAGUGGAGGGAAAUACGUCAGUUGUGAGUGGUUUGGUGCGGGUACCUGCAGACGUCUCCCAUGAAAUGGUAUCCCUGGAGCCCCUCAAGCCACUCGUUAAUGAUGAGUUGCUUGUACUUUCAUCACGAGAUAUCUACAAGGAAUUGCAUCUCACUGGAUAUAAUCACCAGGGACUCUUCCGUGGUCUUGUUUAUGCAGACAACUAUGGUGGGUGCCAAUACAAACAACAGGAUUACCACAAGCUUGUGAUGCUGUCUUACUAUUUGGUUCGUGGUGUUAGCACCCAGUUAUUGACGCUUGUUAUGACAGUGCUUCCAGUACAUUUGUACAAGGAGUUGGAUAUCAUCCAAUCAGCAGGCGUGGAAGUGCAAGGACUCAAAACAAGUGUCAUAGCGCGACGCAAGGUCCUGACUAACCCUGUGCUUGAGAAAUAUGUGUUCACACCCAAUGUGGAACCUGCUCACCUUGAUUUGCAUGGCGCACUGAGGGUGUGCACUCACAUCACUCUGGAGAACAAGCCUGGCGCCAACAUAAAGGUGGUGGAGCUGCUGAGCGAAGGCACCGCACCCCUCUCUCCUGCUGUGGCCCUCAUCAUUGCAGACCUUCCACUUAUAAAGGCAGACAUAACAAUUCUGGCAAAGGUGAGUGCCCUAUUGGGGGCAGAUGUGGACACAAUGGGAAUCAAGGUCGAGGAGCACGAACUAGAGACCGAGCAGAACUGCACACUGGCAAUCGCUUCGAACAUCCUGCUCCAUGGACAACUGCUGCAGACUGCUGUAAGUGCCCUGGCUGAUGGGGCCUGCAUCCUGACUCGUGAGAAACCAGAAACGAAGACCACGUUCACCAAUGGCGUCAGGCUCGAGGUUGUGUUUGAGAAGACUCUCAAGGAUGAGAAGUUGCUCUUGCUCAGGAAGGGAGUGGUUUUGGAAAAUCCAAUUGUGAUCCAUGUAACAACUCACAACUAUGAUUGGCUGCCGCAAGUACAGACUGCCAUCGGUAGUAACUCCAAACGUCACAUUAUUCUUGUAGCUCAGGGUGAACCACUCAGUGGCAUUGUGGGUCUUGUGAACUGUAUCCGCAAGGAGCCUGGAUGUGACUUUGUCAGGUGUUACUUUAUUCCUGAUUCCUCUGCACCCCCAUUUGAUCUUAACUCACCAUUCUACCGGCAACAGCUGAGGAAAGAUCUGGCUGUCAAUGUAUACAUUGAUGGAAAGUGGGGGUCAUACCGACACCUCCCCUUGGACAGCUGUGCUACUGUCACUGUGCCACAUGCCUAUGUCAAGAUCAUGAGACGAGGAGAUCUCUCCAGCUUCAGAUGGUUGGAGGGGAAUCUGGACCCUGACAACAUUCAGAUGGAACCAAGUAGGGAACUGGUGCAUAUUUAUUACUCCCCACUCAACUUCAGAGAUGUGAUGUCAGCAACAGGAAGGCUGACUUUUAAAGUUCCAAAGUGUCGGCUGGAUCUGGGCUGUUUUGAAGGCAUGGAGUUCUCAGGACGUGACCAGAAAGGGCAACGAGUCAUGGGCAUAAUUCCUUCUGGAGCCCUUGCCUCCAUGGUGUUGGCAGACACAGACUUGAUGUGGAAUGUGCCUGAGCACUGGACACUCGAGGAUGCUGCAACUGUGCCUUUGGCGUAUGGAACUGCUUACUAUGCGCUUUGAGAUUUGGUCACAUGAAACAUGAAAAAGGGUGAGUCGGUGCUGAUCCACUCAGGCAGUGGGGGCGUAGGCCAGGCAGCCAUCAAAAUUUGUCUGCACGCAGGUUGCACGGUGUUUACCACUGUCGGUACAGAGGAGAAACGUGCCUUUAUCAAAAAGCAGUUUCCACAGUUGAUGGACCAUAACAUUGGCAGCUCUCGAGACACUUCUUUUGAGCAACUUAUCAUGUCACAGACAAAUGGAAAAGGGGUAGACCUCGUUCUCAACUCUCUUUCUGAAGAGAAGCUGCAGGCCUCAGUACGCUGCCUUGCCCCUCGAGGACGAUUCUUGGAGAUUGGAAAAUUUGACCUUACCAGCAACAACACUAUUGGCAUGGAAGUGUUCCUGAAGGAAACAAGCUUCUUUGGAGUCACUUUGGAUAAACAAUUUCUUUCAUCCCCUGAGCUUAAGAAAAAUCUGCAUCACAUCAUGACCGAAGGUGUAGCUUCAGGGACUGUACGACCGCUGCCCCGGACUGUGUUUUCUGACAGUCAGGUGGAGCAGGCUUUCAGAUACAUGUCAGCUGGGAAACAUAUAGGUAAAGUGUUGGUGCAAAUUCGAGCAGAGGAAGACAGAAAAUUAGUUGUGCCUGUACCACUACUCAUGCAGGCCUAUCCACAAUACUUCUGCAAACCCAAUUUCACUUACAUCAUAGCAGGUGGCUUGGGAGGCUUUGGUCUGGAGCUGGCUGAUUGGCUUGUGUCACGAGGAGCUCGUAAAUUGGUGCUGACAUCUCGUAAUGGCAUCAAGACUGGCUACCAGAGCUUACGUGUGAGAAUGUGGCGCAGCUGUGGUGUAACGGUAGUCAUCUCUCUGGCUGACAUCACCACAAAGAGUGGCGUAACAGCUCUACUGUCAGGCGCAAAGAAGCUGGGGCAAGUCGAUGCCAUAUUCAACUUGGCUGUGGUGCUGCGAGACAAACUCUUGGAGAACCAGACUGAGGCAGACUUUGCUGCUUCUGCAGGACCCAAGGCACUUGCAACGCAUCACCUGGAUGCGCUGUCUCGCCAGAUGUGCCCACACCUGCGUCAUUUUGUGGUGUUCUCCAGUGUAUCAUGUGGGCGUGGUAAUGCUGGGCAGACGAACUACGGCAUGUACAACUCCGUCAUGGAGCGUGUCUGUGAGGCCCGUGUCAGAGAUGGGUUGCCAGGUCUUGCUGUCCAGUGGGGCGCUGUGGGGGACGUGGGGUUGGUUGCAGAGAUGCAGGAGGAACAGGAAGACAUUCAGAUAGGUGGCACCCUAGUACAGAGGAUUUCAUCAUGUCUUGAGGUGCUUGACAGAUUCAUGGGGCAGACAUGUCCUGUAGUGUCGAGCAUGGUUGUGGCAGAAAAAUGUGUGGGAACCAGUGAACAUGCAAAUGUAGUGGAGUGUGUGAGCAGCAUUAUGGGUAUCCGUGAUCUGAAGACCAUUAGCCCAACUUCUACGCUGGCAGAAUUAGGGAUGGACUCCAUGACAGCUGUGGAGAUUAAACAGUCACUUGAGCGAGAGUUUGAAUUAUUUCUCACGUCUCAGGAGAUACGAAGCCUAACAUUCACACGCCUCAAGGAGAUGGCCGCAAACAACCAGGUCAAUGGGGAGGAAGAACAUACAUCUCAAGUGUUGUGAGAAAAAGGUGGAGGUAUAUUUUGUGGACGGCAACCACUUGACAAUGCUGGACAGCGAGGAUGCUGCCGCCAUUA